GUCACAUCGAUUUAUCCGACCAAACGUUACAUACUCAUCAUACGAGAAAAGCAACAUGACUGUUGUGCUAGUGACUUUGAUUCUCGGGGCGCUAACAGCUCUUUACUUUUAUCUAACACGAAAUUACAAGUACUGGCAAAAACGUGGAGUUCCAUGUGUGGAUGGAGCCUUGCCGGGGUUCGGUAACAUGUUGUCGGUGAUUAGCAUGAAAACGCAUAUCGCUGAUUUCUGUUCCAAGAUUUACAAGGAUAACAAAGGUCGCAGCAUGGUUGGGAUCUAUGACUUUACGUCACCGGCAUUAAUGAUCAUCGAACCGACACUAGUGAAAGUGGUGCUGCAAACCAAUUUUUCAAGUUUUGCCGAAAAUGCUGUUCAUGUUGAUGUCGAAACUGACCACCUCUUGUCUUAUAAUCCUUUCGUUCUUUCCGGUGAGAAGUGGUUAAACAGCAGAAAACGAUUGACUUACGCAUUUUCGAGCAAGCGAUUAAAGAUUCUGCUCGAAAGCGUUAAAGAGGUGUGCGCGACGAUGGAGAACUACAUGGAUAGAAAGCUGAGCAACAACGAGACAGAAUUCGAAAUGAAGGCAUUAUUUUCCAGAUACACCGCGCAGGUAGUAGCUGGUGCUGGAUUCGGCGUAGAUGGAUACUGCUUCGAAGACGAAAAAAAAGAUAUAUCUUUUAGAAAACUCGGACAAUCCAUUUUCAAACCGUCUACACGAAGUAUAAUUACGUUCGCUCUCGUAUUUCUUAUUCCAUCGUUAAAUAAAAUCUUGAAACUAAGUCUAAUCCCGAAGCACGUUGACAAUUUCUUUAGAAGAUUAGUUGCAGAACUCAUGGAACAAAGGAGAAAGGAUGGGAUACCUAGGAAUGAUUUUCUUCAUUUGAUGGCUGAACUGGAGCGAGCGGAGGGCGACAAAUUCGAUGAUGUAAUGCUUACGGGUCAGGCUAUGUCAUUCUUUCUCGAUGGCUAUGAAACAUCCAGCACUGUUAUGAGCUUUGUUGGAUUUUAUUUGGCCCGUUACACAAAAAUUCAAGAGAAAUUACGCCAGGAAGUGGUAUCUAUGUUCAACAAAUACGGUAGUGAAAUCACAUAUGAAGGCUUGAGGGAGAUGACAUACAUGGAUCAGGUAAUAAAUGAAACUAUGAGGUUGGUACCUGCAGCAUUGCUGAUGAGGAAACAGUGCACAGAAGAGUUUGAACUUAAAGGAUCCGACGGAGUUGUUUGUCGCGUGUCACCUGAAACGAAAAUUCUAAUACCAGUUUAUGCUUUCCAUAAUGAUCCCCAAUAUUGGGAGAAUCCUGAGGAAUUUGAUCCUGAAAGAUUCAACUCCGAGAGGAAACACAGCAUCGAUAAAUUUACGUUUCUCCCAUUCGGUGAAGGCCCGCGAAUCUGUGUGGGCAUGAGAAUGGCCCAGUUGCAGAUAAAGGCAGGUUUGGCUAUAAUUUUGAGAAAAUACAGAUUUGAACUAUCCCCGAAAACGCAAAUACCAUUAAAGAUGAUUCCUGGCACUAUAUUACCGACACCAAAAGGAGGUCUCUGGGCAUAUUUUAAGCAGCUUUAAAUACAAAUUUCUUUUAAUUUUUUCAAGUUUUUAAUUGUACAUA